AUGCCACGAGCCCGUGGUCGCGGUUGGGGCAGUAGCCGUGCCCGUAGUCGCAGGCGUGGUUACGACAGUGGUAGUGGUCGCGGUCGUGGUCGUGCAUGUCAGCGUGCCACUACUACUGAUCUUGGUUUGGAUGAGGCUCCUAUCUCCCCAUCUGAGUUGGUACCGGGAGCUCAGGUUGGUCCCAGUAUUGGAGUCGGUGGUCAGACUGAGGGACAACCUCAUCUUGUUGCAGCUCAGGUAGCCGUACCAGCCAUUCCUACAGCAUCGUUUAUUAUGGAAAAGGCCCGUAUUCCUUUGCUUGCUAGUUCAGCAAAGGAUCGUUUUACGCUGUUCCAUGGAGGCACCGAUCCUUGGGUGGCGCGUACAUGGUUGGAGGAUAUUGAGGCCACUUUUGGAUACAUGUCCUGUUCAGACACAGAGAAGGUAGAGCUAGCCGCUUAUCAUUUUCGAGGGCAAGCAUCCACAUGGUGGAAGAUGCAAAAGACAGUCUUUGGGGAUCAGAUUAUCUCUUGGCAGUCUUUUCGAGAGGCGUUCGAGAGACAGUAUUUUCCUGCAGCAUUUUGUGUUGCUCGACGCCAGGAAUUCAUGAGUCUCAAGCAGGGUGACCGAAGCGUGCUAGACUAUAGUGCAGAAUUUAGCAGACUUGCUGAGUUUUGCCCACAUAUGGUUGCUCAGGACUCAGACCGUAUGUUUCACUUUACACAGGGACUGGCAGCAUAUAUUCGGAUCAGGAUGUCUGGAUUUCCUGUUACUACUUAUCGAGAGGCACUUGAUCGAGCCAUAUUUAUUGAGAUGACUCAGCAGCAAGUCUCUCAAGAAAGAGAAGCCAGCCGACAGACCUCGCAGAGCUCACACUCUAGACAGCAGAGUCGAGGUCGUCGAUCUCGUGGUCAGGAUACGACUAGAGAAUCUUCACGGUCACGAAAGGUGGCCAAAGUAUCACAGGGAUCUAGUCACCCAGUUCCAUCACAGCGGGGCCAGAUAUUGGUGAAGUGUUUUCAAUGUGGUGCACCAAAUCACCUGGCAUCAGAAUGUCCACUGGAUAAGAGUAUAUAUUUUUAUUGUAAACUGCCAGGACAUAUGCAGAAAGAUUGCACUUUGAAGGCACAACAUCAAGCAGGAGGAUCACAGUCUCAGCAGGCUCGACCUACCUCACGACCUCCACAGUCUCGGCAGCAGAAAGGCCCGCAGAGAUCCCAGCAGUCUCAGCCACGAAAUCCCCCACCUACACAGUCUGCUCACCAGCCACAACUCUAUCAUUUGCAGUCCCAGGUGGAGAGUGAGUAUCACUCAGUACCUCCACUUCAGCAGUAUCUGCCAGCUCCAUCUCAGUACUUGCCAGCUCCACCCCAGCAGUACCUGCUACCUCCACCCCAGCAGUACUUAUUACCUCCACCCCAGCAGUAUCAGCCACCAUUCUCUUAUCAGCCUUCGACCCAGUCAUACCAACCUUCGCAGGAUCAGAGUCAGCCCUCUUCUUCUAUCCAGAGGGGUCAGCCAUCAGGUCUUGAGCCGGGUUAUGUUUAUGCUUUGACUCGUGAGGAGGCACAGCGAGCUGGAGGAUCUGUUAUCCGAGGUAUUAUUUCUGUUUAUAAUAUUCCUGCGGAUAUAUUGAUAGAUACGGGUAGCUCACAUUCCUUUAUUUCUCCUGAGUUUGUAUGCAAGAUUAUGAGGGUCCCAACUCUUCGACCUUAUGGAUUAUCAGUAGUGACACCAUCAGGUGGAGUAUUGAUGUCAGAUCAGGAGAUCAAGAGUUGCCCUUUAACUUUUGAUAGUCAUAUCCUUACUGGGGAUCUACAAGUGCUAGAGAUGACUGAAUUCGAUAUUAUUUUGGGUAUGGAUUGGUUGUCAGAGCAUCAUGCCACUGUCGAUUGUCGAGCCAAAGUGGUGACUUUUCAACCCUUAGAUCAAUCAUCAUGGGAAUUUAUUGGGAUCAAUGAUCGAGGGGUAUCUAUUAUCUCAGCUCUCCAGGCUCAGCAGUUGUUGGCUCGGGGAUGCAAGGGGUAUCUCUUGUCUUUAGUAAGUUCCAAUGUGGAUAGUUCUGUCCAGUUUUCUGAUGUCCACAUAAUACGUGAAUAUCCCGACGUAUUUCCUGAAGAACUUCCUGGCUUGCCACCUCGGCGACAGGUAGAGUUUGCCAUUGAGUUGCUUCCUGGCACAGCUUCAAUAUCGAAAGCUCCAUAUCGGAUGGCGCCAAGAGAACUAGAGGAACUAAAGAUCCAGCUUCAGGAGUUGCUAGACAAGGGUUUUAUCCGUCCUAGUGUUUCUCCUUGGGGUGCUCCGGUGCUCUUUGUUAAGAAAAAGGAUGGAUCCUUAAGGCUCUGCAUUGAUUAUAGGCAGUUAAACUCAGCAACUAUCAAGAACAAGAUUGAUUUAAGAUCAGGCUAUCACCAGUUACGGGUUAGAGAUACAGAUAUUCAGAAGACUGCCUUCCGUACUCGGUAUGGACAUUAUGAGUUUUUGAAGAGGAACACGAACAACAUCUCAGAAUAG